AUGGAACACCCCAAACCCACCUCGACUGAGGGGCCUGGGACAUCCCACCCCCCAGAGCAACCCCAAGCCACCAAACCUGCCGAGGACUCUAAAGAAUCUCACAACCCCAACCCCGCUCCAACAGAACACACCCGCACAAGUCACAGCCGGGCAUUCCGUUUCAAAGACGGCAGUCGCCCCCAUCGAAAACGAACCCACCGUCACAGAUCACGGACACGAGACAGCGAACCCUCCAAGCGGCGCCAUCGCGAGAAGCGACCCGAGCCUACAGCGGAAGAUCCCUUCGGUUCAACCAGAGACACAUUCCGAGAAUCCCUUUUCGACGCCCUCGGCGACGAUGAAGGUGCAGCAUACUGGGAAUCCGUCUACGGCCAGCCAAUCCACAAUUACCGCGUGCCCGAUGUUCAACGGGGCCCGGAGGGCGAGCUGGAGCAAAUGACCGAGGAAGAAUACGUGGAGUAUGUCCGUCGUCGGAUGUGGGAGCGGACACGGGAAGGCAUGCUUGCGGAACAGGAGCGUCUGCGUGCUGAGCGGCAGCAGAAAAGGAAGGAGGAGGCUCAGCGGAAUGCGCAGUCUGGGAGGGAGGAGUUUGAGCGCGCAAUGGAUGAAAGUUUACGGCGAGGCGCGGAGCGCAAGAAAGCCAAGGUUGAGUGGGGUGCGCCUUGGGCUGAGUAUUUGGAGAGGUGGGAGACAAUCAGAAAGGCUGCGGAGGGGUCUACUACCAAGUCGCUGCGCAAUUUGAUCUUCUGGCCUGUUCGCUCUGGGAAGAGGGCUGAUGUUCGGCCGAAGGCCGUCGAGGAGUUCAUUCGUCAUGCUCCGGCGCCGGCGGAGUUACUUGGUACGCUUAAGGCGGAGCGUAUUCGCUGGCAUCCUGAUAAGAUUCAGCAUCGGUAUGGCGCGUUGGGGAUUGAUGAUGUUGUGAUGCGCAGUGUCACGGAGGUCUUCCAGAUUGUGGACCGCUUGUGGAAUGAGGAGAGAGAACGGCAGAACUGA